AUGCAGGCAUCCCUUCCGUCCUGGAAGGACGCCGAGAGGAAACAGAUCCAGAUCCAGAUACCAUGGAAAUCACUACAACUCCUUGUCCCUCACAGACUGCGGCGAAAGCUGAGAUCCAAGCUCCGCAAUCGAUCUUCGCCGGCCUCUUCUCUCGCCUCCCUCAAGACCUCGUUUUCUCCUGCCGACACUCUACGGUCACUACAAAAUCACAAAUGGUCGAUAUAUGACGGGCAAUGGCUGUUUCUGGCCGUCGUGGGCAUUUUUUCGCUGAGCAUCAUUGAGUAUCCGGGUCCAUUGGUCAAGACGGCGGUCGCCACACUCCUCCUCGCCUCGUUCAUAUUCCCCAUCACUCGACAAUUCUUCCGGCCUUUCACGCCUAUAGCCGCAUACCUCAUUUUCUUCUACGCCUGCAGAUUCAUCCCAUCUGCAUGGCGGCCCCCGAUCUGGGUCAAAGUCCUCCCCGCGCUCGAAAACAUCCUUUAUGGUGCCAAUCUUAGCAAUAUUCUCUCUGCUCACAAGAAUACUGUCCUGGAUCUCUUAGCAUGGUUCCCGUAUGGCCUCGGUCACUUUGGUGGCCCCUUCGUGGUUGCCGCCAUCAUUUUCGUCUUCGGACCACCCACGACUCUUCCAGUCUUUGGGUUCAGCUUUGGUUACUUGAAUCUGGCUGGUGUCAUCAUUCAGGUUCUUUUCCCGUGCUCCGCCCCAUGGUACGAGAAUAUGUAUGGUUUAGCCCCGGCCAAUUAUUCUAUGCAGGGUUCACCAGCCGGUCUAGCUCGUAUUGACGCCUUUCUCGGCAUCGAUUUGUACACAUCGGGAUUCACCGCCUCUCCAAUGGUUUUUGGGGCCUUUCCAUCACUUCACGCUGCGACGGCCACUCUGGAGGCGCUGUUCAUGAGCCACAUCUUUCCCUCAUACACUCCGCUGUGGGCGUUCUAUGCUGCUUGGCUGUGGUGGUCGACCAUGUACCUUUCACACCAUUACGCCGUGGAUUUGGUUGCUGGGAGCUUGAUGUCAGGUGUUAUCUUUUACUUCGCCAAGGCUAAGUUCCUGCCGAGACUGCAGCCUGAUAAGAGAUACCGAUGGGAUUACGAUUACGUCGAGAUUGGCGAGAUCCAGAGCGACUAUAGCUAUGGCAUUGCAGGCGUUGACGGCAGCAGCCCUGACAGCGACGAAUGGACCAUCGGCUCCUCGUCUUCGAUUUCUUCCGGCUCGUUGAGCCCGACGGAGGAGAGCCCCAAGCUUUGGACAGACGCAUACUCGAAUUACGAAAGAUGA